AUGGAGAAGAAUACUACAAUGUUACAAAAUUCAGAAGUCAUGAUGAUGCAAAAGAAAGCUAUGGCUAUUGAGAAGAUCAAUGCAUAUAUGCAAAAGAUGAAAACAAUGAAAAAGAAAUUUGAUCCACUAUCUCAUUUUUCUUUGCAUAGAGUGUUAUCUCAAGAGUCUCCACAAUUUUAUACUGAAGAUGAGUUAGCACAAAUAGAGAAAAUCAAUCACAUUGCGUGUCAAGAAGCAAACCUCCCUCUUAUUUCAAAAUGUAAUGUGAAAAGAGUAGAAGUCAAUGAUAAAAAAAGGUGUCGUCCAAGUAAUGAAGAUAUCAUGUCUGAUGAAGAAAGAAGAGUGAAAUCAAAGUCCGCAAUUACGAGGAAACCAAUAAUUCGCAAGAAAGAAACUGUGCUAUCACCGCCACCAGAAUUGCCUAAUCAUGUCAAUAACAUGAUCAAAGUGUUGAAUGGUAGUGAUAUUAAAUAUAUCAUGUGUAAGGAAUUGUAUAAUACAGAUCUCAACCAUAACAACAAUCGUCUUUCAAUGCCAAUUUCACAAAUCAAGUCUGAUUUUCUCACAGAAAUAGAAAAGGCAUCAUUGAAAACAAGAGAUCAAGAAGGAAGACCGUUUGGUUUAAAAGUGACUGUGUUAGAUCCUUGUUUUAACGAGUUUUCAUUGUCUUUAAAGAAGUGGGACAUGAAAACUACUAGUAUUUAUAAUCUUCAUCAAGAUUGGACACCUGUUUUGUUGAAAAAUAACUUUAAAGAGCAUCAAAAACUUGACAUUUGGUCAUUUAGGGUUAAUGACAAGUUAUACCUUUUACUCAAUGAUAACAAGUCACAAGAAAUUGAAAAAAGUAAAGAGCCGAAGAAUUCAACUAUGGUUUCGAAGACAGAAGAGAUGAAGAAUGAAGAUGUUAAAAGAGUGAAGAUUGCCAAGAGUAUUGAUUAA